AUAGCAUCGGAGAUCGGGGCUUGUGCUUCUGCAUGGCACAAAUAGGUAGUUCCUAAAACUAAAGAAAGAGUCCUGGACCUACCACCUAAUUGUCCACAAAAAUUAAAUAGUCAAAUAUAUUUGUUCAGAAAUUGCAAUCAAAAAUGCUAAACUACAGGAUAUUUCCAGACCUUUAUUUUGAAAGUCCGGACUUGCUACCGGAAGAGAGUUUUGUGACGCUAGGCUCUCACGGAAAAGGCAAAACAUGUCGAAUAGAGUGUUCUUAGAUUGUGGUUUUUUAUUAAGUAAUACAAAACGCAUGCAAAAACUGUUUUCUCAGUAAAGGAUAACUAGCCAGGUCGUCGAUAUCAGUCGAAAUAAUAGCUAACUUGACUUCGGUAGCGUGUCCAACCUUCACUAACUAACGGUGCCCAACAGUCUUGACAGUUGUCUGACAAUUCCAGAUAAGUAUUAUCUCCCGAGCAUAGCGAACUGGGCGCUUUCUUGACUUUUCUGUGCGGCAAGAGAGGGCUGUGCAUUACUCGGGACCUGCAGCAUGCCUUUUCUCCAUGGCUUUCGAAGGAUCAUUUAUGAGUACCAGCCACUGGUGGACGCUGUGCUGUGUAUUGUGGGUUUGGAAGAAGGAGCCAGCGCUGUGGAGAGGUGUCCCAAAAAACGAGGAUCGCCUGUGUGACUCGCUAGCGGUGCUUUUGGAGAAGGAGUCUCAGUCGGCGGUGUUUGAGGAAGGCAUCAGCUAUGCUCUGUUCAAGGUGUCGGAGAGAGGACUGGCUUGUGCCGCGGAAGUCUUGCUGCGCUACGGGGCCGACCUCAACUUUGAAGACCCCGUGUCCUACUACACGCCGCUGCACAUCGCCGUGUUGAGAAACAGACCAAACAUGGUGAGGAUGCUGGUGCAACACGGGGCUGACGUUGACAAGAGAGAUCGGAUUCACGAGAGCAGUCCCCUGGAUCUGGCCAGUGAGGAGUUGGAGAGACUGGCCUGUAUGCACAUGCUGCUGGACAUGGGAGCAGAUGUGAAUGCCCGAGACAGGAAUGGGAAGACGGCUCUGCUCCACGCCCUGGCCAGCAGUGAUGGACUCACCGUCCGUAACGCCGACAACAUACAGCUCCUCCUUCAGAAAGGUGCUGACGUGCACGCCGCCAUGCUGGACGGGGAGACGGCCCUGUCCUCCUUGGUGUUCCUGGUGAAGGAGGCCCUGGAAGCCAGCACGGAGGACGCAGCCGAGAUAGGCCGCUUCUGCCUGAGGGCCUCCAGGCUGCUGCUCUCCCACGGGGCCGACCCCAGCUGCUGCCUGGGGGCCCUGGAUGAGGACGGAGAGCCCUCCCUGACCCAGACCAGCCUGGAGCACUUUGACCUGCUCUUCCCCCUGGCGGUUCUGCUGCUCCAGAGCGGCGCAUCCUUCCACUGCCCGCGCCACGGCGCCGCCUGCUGGACAGGCUACAGCCUGGUCCUCCGGAGGCUCCACGCCUCUCUGGAGGGGUGCUCGGAGGCAGGCCAGGAAGCGGAGCUCCUGGAGCAGGCGGAGGUCUUGCUGGAGCUGGCCCGGGCGUCCUCCCCCAGACUGGUCCUCCCUGCCUGCCUGGAGCUUCCAGAGCCGGGGCAGGACCCCCACGCUGACAGCCUGCUGGACCUCCAUGGGCGGGUGAUGGAGCAGCAGGCCAGUCCUGCUCCCCUACGCGGCCUCUGCAGAGCCUAUAUCAGGGGACGCCUACAGCCCAGGGCCCUGGAGGAGAGGGUCGGGGCUUUGCCCCUGCCUGACAGGAUGAAGGACUUCCUGCUUCCUAAACCCCCCCUCAGCUCCAGGUCUGGGUGGGACAGCUUCAAGCCCCACAGUGCCCUGCGGUGAUGAAAACGUCCUUGUGUUUACACGAGCUGUAUUAGCAUCCGUUGUGCUAGCAUUUGUCUGUCUGCUAGCAUCUGGGCAGGGAAGGGAAGCUAACUGUGAGGCUGUUAUCAGCAAUGCUGUGGUUCGUCUUCUAGAAAACAUCAGUUGUUGCCAUUGAGGCCUUUUAUUUCUUACAUUUGAAAGUGCAAUUGUGUGUUUGGUCUUUGCCAAAAUGUAUGUAUAUGUUUGCCUUAAUGUACAAGAUUGUUUCCCAGUGUAAACCGCCAUACAUUAUUUUCUGUGACAUUAUCGAAAGUAUCAAUUCAAUAAGAUGCAAUCUGUGUGUUUAGUAAUUUAAAAUCAUGAAUCUGAAGUAUUUAAAUUAUUGUCACUAGAGGGCAGUGUUUCUCUGGUAUUAAACACAUCUGACACAACUUCCAACCAACCUCACAUUCCUCAUCCUCCCCGUCCCACUCAGCAAUAACAGCCCAUUUUGUUAGAUUUCCGAUGGGCUAAAUUGAUUUGAUUUACUAAGCUUAAUCUGAGAGAAAUGUAGAUUGUGGAUGUUAUAUACACACACACGCUCCUCAGCUCUCUAUGAGAGGUGCUGUCUUUUGAUAUAAGGAAUGAUAGUGGUGCAACACUGAUAGCUAGUUUCAGGGGCGUAUAUGCUUGAUUAAACGCUUUCUGAAAGAUCUUCCCCCACACUUUUUAUGAAGGGAAAUGAUAUUCAAUUGAAGUUAUCCUCAAUUAUAUAUAUAUAUUUUUUUUAAAGGUGUCGCACCCACAUUUGAAAACCAAUCUGUGCCCCUGGCUAGUUUCAAUGUGCUGCACCAUAAUGACACUAAUAGAUGAGAUAUUACACAAAUAAUAUCACUAACAAGGGUUUGCCUCAAUCUUCAUGCUUACGGAAGCACAAUGAGAGUGAACACUCACAGAACAACAUGUCCUGUCUACGGAAUUUGGAGUUCUGCCAUGAGCCCUGGACUUCCCCUGCUUGUAGGAACAGCACCAGUCUGAGCUCCCCCCCCCCCCCCCCCCCUCUUCCUGUGUUCCUGCCCAGGCCUGAAGCA